AUGUAUCAUCCUUCCCAGCAGGCCCCGGAGCUCACCCAGCUUGCCUGCCUGCCUCUCGCGAAGUUCUCUCACACAACCACCUCAAUCGGACACAAUGGCCCACUGAACUGGACUCAUAUAAUUGGAAACGGUGAUAUAGUCGGAAGAAUUGAAAGCCACACUGUAUCUGGAUCUACACCAGCACGGGUUUUGUUGAAGGUGUUUCGAGACUACGAGUUAUUGGAAGAAGUCGACCUUACAUACCACUCACAAGAAGCCGCAAAGUCUGCGUUGUCUGGACAGAGUGGUCAGGCGAAACCAGUUUUCGCUGUAAUCGUGAAGCUGCCUUGUCUUGCUGUGAAAUAUCCAAAGGACAAUAUAUGUAUUCGUCGAUUCCAAAUCAAAUUCUCGUCCGAUCGCGACUACUACUCAACCCUGGUCAUCCUGAGCAACAUCAAAUGCCCAUUCUCGGAAUCCCAUGUCGGCUCAUUACCACCCGCUCGCAGACCUUCACAAUGGCGCUCUGGGUCAGUUGCUUCUGCGCCCGCUCCUCCACAAAUGUUCCCUAGUGUUCCGGAUGCGCCAGGCAUACCGACAUUGAACAAUAUGUUCUUACCGUCCCAGUCGUCUCCGACGAUUGAUCUAAAUCCAUCUGCGAGAUCAUCUACUACUGGGCCCUUCCAACGUCCCGCUUCAUCGAGUACCACCCACACGCUUACAGACCUCGUACCAACAAACAACGGCCAAGCACUGGUUCCAAGUAGCACCGUGCCCUCUUCUCGCCCUUCUACGGCCUUUCAUGACGCCCAAACGCUCGAUGAGGUUCUACCUCCGAGGCGGGCUCUGCCAUUCGCGAAGCCAGCUGCGAAGAAGCCACGUACAGCAGAAAAGCAGACAAACAACGCGUCUAGACCAAGCGAAUCCGGCCCCGAAAAAACCCAGACGUCAAUUCGAGAUCACUACGAUUCAACGCCAUUCAAAGCAAUAAACGACACGAACAACGCCAGCAGAAUAAAGCGUAGCCUUACUUCGUUUCCACAGCAGAGCACGAACAGCGAACCCGCCAACCAUCCUCCAUCUCAACAGAACACGCAGGCAAGCACAAAUAUACCUAUGCCUAUACCUAUCCAGCCCGUUCCUCCUCCAAGGACUCUCUAUCAGCAGGGACCAUCAUAUGACAAUACCGCUUCGAGGCCGCACAGUCAUACAAAUAUAUCGCGCAAUACUCUACCCGCGAAUAUACCUUCCCAAUCAGAGCAACAGCAGCAAUGCAAUGCUUUACCUAUGAAUGUGAGCCCUCUUCCACCACAACCGCAGCCACAAUUCCAGCAGCAACUACAGCAGCAGCAGUCACGGCAGCCAGACCCCAUCGCAGACCUCACCUCGUAUAUCUCAGACUCAAAGGCGGAACGUAUAGCUAGACUGGAAACUUGGAUCUGCUCACAAAUCCAAAACGACGAUUUCAUUUCGCUUGCUGAGGACGUGGAAGGUCUUUGGCAGCGGUUUGCAUUUGGAAAGUGGUGA